UAAAGCAUGCAGCUCGGCGCAGCCACGGCAGAGAGCUGGCAGCAGCGUGCCGGAGUACAACAGGUUUUUGGUGGUGGUUUGGGUUUGUUUUUUUACUCUUUGGAAAAGCGUCUGGUCUAGAGACCUCGGCUGUUCCUCCUGCUCUUCCCACUGAGCUGGGCGACCUUUCCUGAGCGGCUUUGGGAAGGAGAGCCCCUGGUCCUGCGGCUCCGGACAGGAGAUGUCCCUGCGUGGGCACUGCGGCCGCCGCCUCUUCUGCUCAGACGAGGAACCUUUCGGAGCCUCAGCUCCCCCUGCAGCAGAUUAAUGCCUAAAAUUGUACACCUUAACCAGCAGGGUUUAAUUACCAGAGCUGUGAAUAGUUUAAUUAGUUUGUUCUGACCUUGGGAGGAGGACCUGCCCAGCGACGGGAGAGCGCAGCUUUAUUGCUCUGCGGUGACCCAGCCUGCAGGGCCAUGUCGUCUCUGUUCACCAGGAGCAAGGAUUACACGCGGAGCAGGAAGUCCCAGUCAGAUUCACCCCCGUCCUCUCCUUCCCCGAUUGCAAAGACGCUCAGACAUGAACGACUUUCCAGGUUGGAAGCAGCUACAGCCCCUGCCACCAGUGACUCCUACAGCGACCGUGCCUCCAGCCGCUCCAGUGCCUACAGCCGCAGAGAGAACCGCCUAGCAGCCCUCAGCAGCAGGGCAGAAGAGGAGAGCAACAGGGACUACAAAAAGUUGUACGAAAGCGCCCUGUCUGAAAAUCAAAAGCUGAAGUCAAAACUGCAAGAAGCGCAGCUCGAGCUGGCUGACAUCAAAUCCAAGUUGGAAAAGGCAGCCCAGCAGAAACAGGAGAAAACUUCUGACCGGUCCAGCAUGCUGGAGAUGGAGAAAAGGGAGAAGCGAGCCCUGGAGCGGAAACUCUCUGAAAUGGAGGAGGAGAUGAAGAUUCUGACGGAGCUGAAAUCGGACAAUCAAAGGCUGAAGGACGAAAACGGGGCACUCAUUCGUGUCAUCAGCAAACUCUCCAAGUAGGGAGCCGAGCUGCAGGACGGGGGGGUGCCCUGCUGAGCCCUGCCCCUUCCUCCUGCCCCCCGCACAGCAGCAUUGCAGCCACGGGAUCAGCAUCGCUCCUCCCUGCCCUCGGCUGGACGCUCCCUGUCUGCCCUUUCCCCCCCGCAGCGCACACCCCGGCCAUUCUGUUUUAACUUCAGCAUGGUGUGCUAUCUCGGACAUUUGACUCAAGGGAGAAGAGGAGGAUGUGGAGUGGUGCUGAGCUGCCAAAACUUCUCCUUCCAGCAGCCCACGGUGUGCGGGAGGGAGCUCUGCUGUGCAAAGCGAUGCCCAUGGAGCUGGUGCAGCACAUCUGUGCCCUUUGCAGGUGGGACCUGGACUGUGGGCCAGGAUUCUGCGGACACCCAUCAGCCCGUGUGCAGUGUGGGACUUUGGUUGAAAUGUGAUGCUACGAGGAACGGCAGCAGAGCUGAUUCCUUCAGCACGUGGGGACGGCUGCUUUGCACAGAGACCUGGCUGGUUUUUAUUUAAUGUCAGAUUGCAGAUCUGGUGGGUAAAUGCCCCUCCUGUGCAGCUGGUGAUGGGGUGCCGUGCUGCAAACCCUGGGGCUCCCGCCAAGCUCCCUGCACUCAGCAGCACCUGGGACCUGCACCCGGACCGCUGUUCUCAGGAUGGAAUUGCAGACGUUUGCCAAACUUUCUGAAGAAGGAGCCUGGUGUGGUGUGUUGGUGUGGGAGGCUGCCGUCAGGCAGAGCCCUGCAGAGGAGCCUGGGCAGAUAUUUCAGGUCCUGCAAUGGCUUUUCAGCAUCAGGCUGACCAGCUGAACCGCAGCACGGUUUUGUUUCUGGGGAAUGGAAAUGAGGGGGGCAAUGAGGCCUGGUGGCACAGAUCCUCGCAGGUGGGCUUUGGGGCACUGGGCACGGAGCUGCAGUAGCUGUGCUCCAGGUGCCCGGGGGUCUUUGGGGGCUGGGAGCUGAGUGGGAAUGCUGGGAGCUGCAUCAGAGUCUUUUCAUCCACCAGAAGUUUGCAGUCCGCCUCAGCCUUGAAGGAAACCUCAAAAAAAAAACCAACAAAACCCAACCCUCUGUAUGUUGUACGGACUCAGAACAGUUUGAAAUUGUUCUCCCUGUGGGCAUUCAGGCAGCGACUCCUGCAUGUGCUGCAUGCUGCCCUGCUGAGCUCCCAUACCAGACUGCUCUCCUCACCGCCUGCAGCCCCACGCCCUCAUCCUCCCCCCCUCAUUGCUUUUGUCCCUCCGUUUCCCACUUUGUGCCAUGGGCUCCUCGUGCUCGGAGUGGCAGCAGCCGCGCACGGCAGCUCUGUGCUGAGAUGCAGAUGGAUACUUGAACAUGAGUACAACUAAGUUUGCUCAACAGGGUAAAAAUUCAUCUGCCUGUCCUGGGCUUCUUGGAGCCUCCUGCUGGUUAUCACCUACCUGUGCAUUUUCCUCUCCCUGGGGGCUUUUUUGUUUCUUUCUUAUUCUCCAUUUUCCCCUCCCGUCCUCCCAUCCCACCUCAGCUCUCCCUGCUGGCUGGGCUCAGGGCAUCUCAGCACGGAGCUGACGCUGCUCCUCUUUGCACCAUUCUCCGGUGCAGCGCGGCCGUUCCUCUGCUGCUGUGCUUCGGGGAGGAGGAGAAGCGCUUUGGCAUCACCGGGGCUCCUGCAGAGCGCUGCCCACACCGGGCAGGCGGUAUUACUGCUUCACGUGUCCCUGCUUUGUGGAACAGCUUUAAGCCCUGAGCUCCCGUCAGUGCUUUCCCUGCACGCCGCUCCCCCUCGGUGCGCCCUGUGUGAGCGCUGCUGCAUCUCUCCACGUUCUCUCCCACCCUCACCCCGGGCUUGGCUGCAGCAGCGCUGCCCUGUCCCAGUCCCGGUCCGCAGGCAGGGGCAGCCCGAGCUCCCGGCUGCUGGGAGAAGCUCGGCCCGAGCUGCCAUCAUCCGCACCGGCGCUGCGCCCCUUCCUGCAGGGGCUGCCGCUGCGCUCUGCCCACGAGGAGCCGUUAUGCGAAGGGCGCGGAGCCAAAGCGCCGCUGGGAUGCAGCGCUGCGCGCCCCUCUGUGCUCGCAGCCGACGCUCCGUGCUGACGAUGGGAGCUCAAACCCCGCGGGUGAGGAGGACUCGGGGCUCUCAGUGCGUCUGCAGGAAGCACCGAGGUGGCGGUGGGUGCGACGCCGUGCUCUGCGCUGGGCACGGAGCGCAAAGGAAGCGGAUUUUAACGCUGCUCCCUCCUUGAAGCAGAGUUUGUCAGACGUGCCUCCUUUGGAGAACACGGAGCUUUUUUUCUAAGCAGUGCUUGGGGUGAAUUCGUUUUUAUUGCUUGGGGUGAACCCUGUUGUGGCUGCGAGUUUGAUGGUGGCUCUUUGUAAAUAACUUCCUGGAGGAAGCAGGACUGCGUUCCAGAUGGGGAGAGAAUGUAUUUUUAUGCAACUUUGAGUGGCCUUUCAAACCCUGAGAUGAAUGAUUUGUUUUACUGGUUGUUGUUAUAUAGUAUUAUAAGUAUUAUGUGUUUGAAAGUUUGGGAAUAAUAUUCACAUCUAUGAUGCUUGUAAACACAACAGUAUUUAUAAAUAAAUAAAAUAAGAGUUGAUAAAAUAGAAA